UUUCUUUUAAUCAUUGCCGCAUGGGACGGCGCUUACGUUUCAGUUAACCUUUUAUUUUGAAACGAUGGAACGUUGUUCUUAUGGUUUUUACACCAAAAGGUCUGAAAUCCUAGAUAAUAUUCAAAAGAAAAAAGACCAAGAUAAGGAGCCACAGAGCCCUAGUUUUCAGCCACAAAUUGCUAAGCCUACAGAUAAAUUACAUGGUCAAGAUCAAAAUGUCAGUACACCUGUGACUCAGCAUGUGCCUGCGCAGCAGCUUUUAUCCCCUACUCAUGGUUCAGCCCAAACUGUACAAACAAAGGAUGAUCUUAAAGACAAAACAAUAAAAGUAGCCAACUCAACUACGAUAACUUUAAUUGAGAACGCCAAUCUUAAUGGUGAUAAGGAUAAGGAUAAUUUUCCCAAAAACUAUUUCACAUUAGAACCCAAAAAUGAUAAAAAGGAUGAUAACAAUAAAAACACUAUUACUAUAACUAGAACUGUGCCAAAACAAUCACCAGGGAAUGGUCAAUCUGAUAAGAGUAAAAUUCCAUCAAAGCCUGUGAAGAGACCUUUACAGUGCUUAGAAACACUCGCUGAAAAAGCGGGUAUUACAUUUGAAGAUAAAUACGAAGCGGCAAAUACGUUACUUGCUUUGGACAAACAAAAUAGCACUUACAGGAGGCCACCAGAGUUAAAGCAACCUAAAUCUGAACCAGAAAACCAUAAUCAAGCUGAAGAAUAUAGAUACAGGAAUCAGAAAGAAGAGGAUGAUAAAUUACAGAUUCAACAGCAAAUAAUACAGCAGCAGCAGCAACAACAACAGCAACUACAGCAGUUUCAACAGUUGCAACAGCAACAAUUGCAACAGCAGCAGCUGCAACAGUUGCAACAACAAGCUUUACAGCGUCAACAACAUCAGGCUUUACAGCAGCAUAUUAAAAAUCAACAAGAUCAGCAAGAUUUAUUGCAGAAACAGUUCCAGCAGCAACAACAGCAGCAGCAACAACAACAACAACACCAGCAGCAACAACAACAACUACAACAACAACAGAAAACUGAACUACAAUCUGUGUCUCAGCAACCAGAGUUGCAGCAACAAAAAUUUUUACAGCCUGUGCACACUCAACAAUUCAACGUACCAGGCAUCGGAGAGAUCAACCUAAGUUUUCUGGCAUCUCCUCCGACCAACUUGCUUUUUGACAAGAAUAAGACCGGCAUGAGUGGCGAGAUUAAACCACAACAAAUAGUAGACGGACAAACUCAAGUGGUACAGCAACAGAUGAGUAUGGCACAGCACGAGCCAAACCAGCAGCAUCAUCAGACCGUCACCGUCGUGUCAUCCAUGCCAAGCAGCAUGGCACAACAUCAGGUACAGCAGCAGCAACCGACAGCUGCUGGCAUCCAGCAGCAAGCAGGAGCUGGCAUCUCCACUAUGCCGCCGUUACAAAGUCUACCACCCACCGCUCAACAUCCGCAGCAAAUUAGUGCUGAAUGGGGUCACAGUCGAGUGCAAGUUAUUCAGCAGCCGCUACAAAACAACACGUAUCUGCAACAGCUAUACAAUGCGCAGGGUCCGCUACUGAUGCCGCUACAUCCUGGUAUCAACUCACAACAGAUACAGGUUAUUGCUGCCGGCAAACCGUUCCAAAGUAAUCAACUUGCACCUCACAUGCUGACUACGCAGGGUAAACAAGUACUUCAGGGUCAAGCUGCUCCAUUCCCUGGAUACACCACAAUCCCAGCGAUACCGACUACCCAGAAUCAAACCUUCGUGUUCAGUCCUUUGGGUGUGAUAAAUUCGCAACCAAGCAUCCUGCCAGCACAUUCGCAGCCCACCGUCUCUGGAAUAAGUCAGCAGCAGAAGCCGGCUGAAAUGCACAAGGUAAUGAGUGGUGGCAAAGUCACUGCUAACAAAGUGGGUACUGCUAAUGGAGCCAACGCGCAGACUGUGCCCGUGCAGGCGCAGUGCGUGCAAGUCUCUCAGCCCGUGCUUAGUGCGCAACAACCGGCGCAGGCGCAGAUCAUUAGUCCACUACAGACUGGCGGUCAAACGAUGCAGUUAGCGCCGUGGCAGUUCUCUGGGGCAUUGCCGCAAGUCUGGACUGGGGGUCUCCAGACUGGUACUCUGCCUGCCGGCGGUCUUAUUGCACCCAACCCUAUCUUCAUAAGGGGCACCCAGCCCGAUGCUCAGCCCUCUAUGUUUAUUCAGCAUUCACCGCAGAACACUUUACAGCAUAACAAUGCCAGCGUAGCAUGCGCUACUGGUACGGUGACAAAACCUCGGGCUUCCGCGGAUGCGAUGACAAAACCGCCACGGCCGCUUUCCAACAUACUGCCCUCUGCGGGAAUAAGACCAGCUUCGUCUGUUUCUACCCAAACCAGUGCGAACCAGGCUCAAAAUCAGGCGAAACAUCGUGGAAAGCCUGGUGUACGGUCACCUGCACCCGCAUCGAAGCAGGAUGCCGCUAAUCAGACGAAUAAGAUGCAGCAUCAGAUGCAACAACCUAAACAACAGUUAUUGGUGAUGAAUGCAUCGGGGCAGAUGAUUACGAGCGUCCAAGACAAGCAAGCUAUUAACAAAACUCUACAGCAGCAGGCGUUAUUUCAACAACAAGCUUUACAGCAACAACAACAACAGCAACAACAGCAGCAGCAACAACAACAACAACAACAACAGCAGCAACAAUUACUGCACCAACAACAACAACAGCAAACACAACAAAUUGUUCAACAUUACCAACAAGGAAUGGCGUUGGGUAUGCAACAAGGGGCUCUACCAGUGGGGUCGGUGGCUCAGUCCUUGCCUAUGACUGGGAUGCCGCAAACUAUAUCGAUGGUGCAACAAAUACAUCCGCUUGGUGGUAUGGCGCAACCUGGUACCCUGGUGGGUCAAAUUAAUGCUGCGCAACAACCGCAAAACGCAUCCCUGGCUCAAGUACAAACGUUGCAGCAGCAGCCCCAAACGCUGGUAGGAAGCGGUCUAGUCCAGACUUCAGUGGGCAUGGCAGUACAACAACAACCACCAAUGAACCAUACUACACCUAUGCAACCGGUGUCAGCGAAUAACAUGAGUUCACCGCAGUUGACGUUGCAAGCGGCGCAGGGUACCGUGGGGUUGAUCGCAGCGCCUGUACAAGGGUCCGUACUACCACUGCAACCGUCCACAGCACUGGUAGCACAUGUUAAGACCGAAGAUGACAAAGGACAACUAAUGCCGCCCCCCCAGGCACCAGUAGUGCAACAGAUCGCACCACAACAGAUGGUCGCACCGGAGGCAUCGGCGGAAUUACCAAUUGCUAGUACACCUGCAUUCACCUCGACUGCUUCCCUCCCAACGCCGACCACAGUCAGUACCUCCACCACUGUCGAUGCUGCUAUAUCUACCAGUACAGCUAACUUCGGUCCACCUACCCCAGUUGACACCUCAAAAGCAAGUCAGCCCAAGAUUGAACCGGCUGGUAGUCCGCCGCGUGAGGCGACUCCAAUAUCCACGACGGCAACGGUGGCCACGUCGACUGCGCCAGUGCCCAGUAGCGCACAACAAACUACGCCAGUCGCUCCACAGGUAAAACUGGUGGUGACAACUGUAGCCUCGUCAACAACAUCUUCUGCUACAAUGACGGCUGCAAUUACAGCGCCUGUUUCCUCUGGUGGAACUUCUGCGCUUUUUAAAAGCACUCAGUGCACGCCCAGACAUAUUAGUCAAACAGCCACUCAUGACAAAGGCCUACCGAAAGCAAUGGUUAAGCCGAACAUACUGACCCACGUGAUCGAGGGCUACGUGAUACAGGAAGCCGGCGAACCGUUUGCUGUGAAUCGUCCCCUGCGAGAAUGGGUGGCUGGUGGAGAUAAAGAACAGGAUAAGGAGAACAAACUGCCGUCUGUAGAAGAACCUCCACGUAAGAAGCAAAAGAUGGAAUCGAGCGUAAGUCUACCUCGAAUCAGCUCAAGUAUGGAGAGCAGCAGCGAGACUCAAAACUCGUCUGUGAAGCCGGAGGGAGCGGCCGCCGCGGAAUCAGCCGAUACUGCCACAGACGGUGAUUCUGCCACACAACCAAAACUACCCAACGUUAACAAGUGGACUGUGGCAGAGGUGUGCGACUUUAUUCGUAAUAUUCCUGGCUGUGCGGGCUAUGCUGACGAGUUCCUCAUGCAAGAAGUGGACGGGGAGGCGUUAUUGUUGAUCAAACCUGAACAUUUAGUGAUGGCCUUAGCUAUGAAGCUCGGGCCGGCACUCAAAAUUGUAGCCUGCAUAGACUCACUGCGACCAGAGAGCGAGCAGACGACGCACGAUCACGACUGAGACUUUUACUAUAAGAAUAUUCACAUAAGAUAGCGAAGAUGGCAAAUGGCGAAUUAACCUUACUUCAGUGUUCACAUAAUAUAAUUUAUAUGUAAAUAAUAUUUAGAUAAGCAUAUAUAAUAAUAUUUUAGGUUUAUGGUUGUAGACAUAUUUACUACAUUAUCUAAAUAUAUCAUUGUGAUAUAUCGUAAUAUUUAAGAAACUUUCGGACUACUGAAAAUCAUCUAAAUCCUGUUUAUCGGAAUGUACAAACGGGAUGUAAUAGAAAGCGAAAUUAUGAGGGAAUCUAAUUAAUAAGUAGAUUUUACAAUUUUGCACCACUAGUGUUUCAGAUUUACUACAUCUCGUUCCUUAACAAUGCAUACGGACUUCAAAAUUUAUUUUGAUUAAUGUAAUUACUCAUAAUUAGCGCCUUUGAAAUAUUAAUACCACCUUACAUUAAAAUAUUAUUAUAUAAAAACUACCAGUGAAUUGUAUCGACACAAAUGCUAAACAUCAAGUUGCUGUAAUUUAUAAUAAAUUACUAAAAUAACAUAGAAUAUUAAACUUUAGUUAGUAAUAAUAUUGUAAUUAACACUAAUGUAUCUUUUCUUUUAAUUCGUCUAAUCGAUCAGUGUGGGUUUACACAACAGCACAUAAUUUAAUUUACAAUGAAAAUACUUCGCUAUUGCAGCGUUUCAUAUUAACAAAAUGAGAAUAGUAUUACUAUUAAUAGAUACUGAACUCGUAUGUACAUUACUGUACACACGUAUUGUACUGUACAUAUGUAUUAUGUGACUAUAAAAAUCGCAAGCUCAAUAUAUUGGUUGUGCGUAGCGAUCAAAAGUUUUUAAUCAUUACACUAUUUAUAAAUACAGCUUAAAUUAAUUUUUAUAUAAAGUCCAUUUCUUGUGAUAAUGUAAUGUCUUAACACACUUGUUCAUAUUUCAAUAACUGCAUAUUGAGUAGCUGUUGUGACAACAACCCUGUACUGUUCAACACUUAAAACAUAAGUCGAAAGUGCCGCCUACUUAGUAUUAAGAAUAUAUUCUUUUUUGUACACACUCUAUCUCCCUAAGUGUGUGUGAUUAAAAACUUUUAUAUUUCUAUUCAAACAUGACUUAUUGAGACAGAUCGUAAAAAUUUUCUUAUGAAUAUUAUAUUGAAUAGCUUUAUUAAGUAAAAUUUAGGCAUAAAAUAUAUAGUUGCGCGCGUCUGAUGUAACCACCGUAACAUAACGUUUGCGUAUAGAAUAAUAAUAAUAUAACUCUUUAUUAUGCAUAGAAAAACAUUUGAGUAUAUGGUAUGCUUCUUGUAUCGUGUAAACAUUAGAAAAAUCCUAUUAAACUAAACAUAAACUAAAAAACAUUUAUUUUAAUAUUAAUACUGGUCUAUAAAAAUUGUUUUUUCUAAACACGUAAAAUGUACACUUAAUGAAUUUAUAAAUACACUAUGGCAUCCUUCUUUCAAUUUAUAUGGUUAUUAACUAAGUAGAAUACAUACACAGAUGAUGGAGUAUUGGGUGUUGCUCAUUCAUAUACGUUUGGUGCACCAUUAGAAUAUAACAUGUCUCGUUAAGAAUAUUUUUAAUAAAAAGCAUUAUUUAAUUAAGUAUGUAAAAGUGGAAUUAUUAGACGCGUGGAUGGAACCCUGAAAAUAAUGUUUGUAACAAUUAAUGAUCGCGUAUAUAAUUGUACUAAUUAUAAAACGUUUGAUAUAUGAAAAAUACUAAAAAAACAUCACGGCAUCGUAUAAAGCAACUUAUAACCAUCUUUGUAUCUCGCUUUGAAUCACAAAAAAGGUAAAUGAUAUUUUUUUCAACACACUUGCUCGUAAAGUAGAUUUAAUUUCAUUGGUUUUCUAUUUAUAAAGCAGCUCAUAAAACACGUGUGCGUUGCGUUGUAAAUGCAAAUAAUGAAGUUAUGUUCCAUAACCGCUAUCUGCUUUUUUUUCAUUAAAAUUCCAACUCCCCGCCACGCGGUGCUAUCUAGUGAGCAGCGCGUUGAUUUAAAAACUAAAACGAUUGGAAAGCAACUGUGCAUUACAGU